AUGCAGAAGUUUGACAACUGCGUCCUGCUGACCCGCGUCGGUGGCUUCUACGAGCUGUACUUUGAGCAUGCCGAGGAGUACGGGCCUCUCCUGAACCUCAAGGUUGCUCAGAAGAAGACCAGCGCCGGCCCUGUCCCAAUGGCCGGGUUUCCCUUCUUCCAGUUAGAUCGCUUCCUUAGGAUACUAGUUCAGGACCUGAGCCGAUACGUUGCUAUCGCUGAGGAGUUUCCCAAUGAUGCCUCUGAGAAGGUAAAGUCAGGUGGCCUGAUGCAUGACCGCCGAGUUGCUCGCAUCAUCACCCCUGGAACCCUGAUCGAUGAGAAUUUUAUGGAUCCCUAUGCCAGCAACUAUGUUAUGGCCAUCCACCUUCCGGAGCAAGACCAUGCCGAGGAGACGCCUAUCGAAAAAGAUGCCCAUAGUAAUCUAUCUCCUACAGACCUCUCCAGUCCUUCCUCACCUAUAGGUCUAGCGUGGCUGGACCUGUCCACUGGCCAGUUCUUCACUCAGUCCACCACACUAUCGUCGUUAGGGUCGACGUUAUCUCGCGUCUGUCCAAGGGAAGUUGUGCUGGACGAAGAUCUCCAGACCAACCGAAGCCACCAUGUGUUCUCCAUAUUGGCUGAGGAGAAGCACCUCAUCACGUACACGCCUCAAGGUGACCUGGCGUCCCUGUCCGAUUGGACACCCAUGCUUGAAUCUGAGAUACCGCCGCAUGCACUAAACAGUUUCACCGGCGAUGAAGUCAAGGCCGGCAGUCUUCUGCUGCAUUACGUAAAGGACCGGCUCCAGGGGAUCAGCAUGAAGCUGCAGCCUCCGCUCCGUCACGAGACAAUGCAGGUCAUGAACAUUGACAAAAAUAGCAUGCGAUCACUGGAGGUCAAACAGACAAUCAGGGACAGCGUCUUCCGAGGGAGCUUGCUGCAUGCCAUCAGGCGCACCGUGACAAAAAGUGGCGCCAGGCUGCUCAACGAGUGGCUGAGCGCGCCAUCGACGUCCCUGGAAACCAUCGGCUUCCGGCAAGACCUCGUGGCGCGUUUCAUUCAGGAUGAAACACUGCGGGAUGGCCUCAUUCUCCUCCUGCGUAGAAGCCAUGACUCACAACGGCUUGUCCAAAAGUUUGCUCUGGGCCGUGGGGAUGCCGAUGAUCUCUUGGGGCUUGCUAACACCAUUAAGGCCACGGAGGACAUUGUCUCUAUGCUCGAUAGGGGAAAUGCUUCUGCCGACAAUCAGGACAAUGACUGUCUCAAAGUCAUGGUGGGCCGCAUCAGCCUUGACCAGCCACUGGCUCUAGCCCGCCGUAUCAGGGAGGCAAUUGAUGAAGAGGGACUCGUCCAGCAGCACCAAAUUGAAGACAUCGAAGCCGGAGAGAUGAUAGCACUGGCGCAAGAAGUGAUUGGCACUGAAGGCGAACCGGACGAUUCGUCGGCGCUGCCCAAGACUGCUGCGAAGAAGAAAAAGGCCACUUCACUGAAGGAUUACUACGGCGAAGACAAUGAGGUCUGGGUCAUGAGAGCAGAAGCGAGUCCCGGCCUCAGGCGGCUGCACGCCGAACUUGCAUCUCUAUGGGAGGAGAAGGCGUUGCUAAGCGAGACAUUGAAAGAGCGGCUAGGGGCAUCCAGUCUCACACUGCGAUGGAGUCCUGGGCUCGGCCAUAUCUGCCACAUCAAGGGCAAAGAUACCCGCAAUGUCACAGAUAUCAAGGCCAUCAGCUCCAGUCGGACGACGCGCUCCUUUCAUCUCCCAGAAUGGACCAAACUGGGUCAGAAACUAGACCAAGUCCGCUUUCAGAUCCGAGCUGAAGAGCAGCGCGUUUUUCAACAACUCCGUCAACAGGUUGUGCUCAAUAUUGUGAAGCUGCGGCGGAAUGCGGCGGUUCUUGACGAGCUGGAUAUUACGACAUCCUUCGCGCGCUUGGCCAUCGAGCAGAGCCUGACUAGGCCCGUUCUCAACCACAGCACGGCGCACACAAUUGUCGGGGGCAGGCAUCCCACCGUCGAAGGCGGGCUGCAGGAAGCCGGCCGGUCUUUUACACGGAACGACUGCUUCGUCGGCGCACCGUCCCACGGGCAGCUGUGGCUGAUCACCGGGCCCAACAUGGCGGGCAAGAGCACCUUUCUCCGGCAGAACGCGCUGAUCACGAUCCUGGCGCAGAUAGGGUGCUACGUGCCCGCGGAUUACGCCGAGCUGGGCAUCGUGGACGCCAUCUUCAGCCGCGUCGGCUCGGCGGACAACCUCUACCGCGACCAGAGCACGUUCAUGGUGGAGAUGCUGGAGACGGCGCAGAUCCUGCGGUACGCCACGCCGCGGUCGUUCGUCAUCAUGGACGAGAUCGGGCGCGGCACGACGCCCGAGGACGGCGCCGCGGUCGCCUUUGCCUGUCUCCAUCAUCUGGCCACGAUCAACAAGUCCCGGACCCUGUUCGCAACGCACUUCCAUACCAUUGCGGACCUGGUGGCAGAUCACGGCAUGCGCGUCGCUGACGGCGGCGACAAGGGCAUCGUGGAGACGUAUUGCACUGACGUCGAGGAGGACGAGCACGGUGGGUUUGUCUACGUUCACAGACUACGGAAAGGCAUCAAUCGACAGAGCCACGCGCUCAAAGUCGCAAGGCUGGCUGGGUUGCCAGAGCAAGCUAUACAGGUGGCUCAGCAGGUCAUGGGUGAUACUACGAAGGGGAACGCUGUACAACAUAACGGAAAGAUCAAGUCCCGGAUGGGCACAACUGUAGGAUAG